AUGGUUUCCAUGUUUCCGGCAUUUCCGCAUUACUCUUAUCACGACAGAGUUAAUUUACAUGGGGUAAAGAAACCGCUAUCAAUAUCGACGCCAAUUCAACAGUAUCCUAAUGAGUCUGCCCGAUUCAAACAGUCAAUAAUGUCUGUCCAAAGAGUACCACCCACGGAGGUGAAAUUCUUCUAUGCGAUUGCAGAUUAUGACCCAACCAAGAGUUGGCAAGCAUCAGAACAUGCACUUUCCAUGCCUCUAGUAUUACACAAGGGUGACUUGGUUCAACUAAUCUCAUUUGUUGAUGAUACUACGUGCUUUGUGAAACUCGUAAAUAAAAUUGGGGAAGGGUGUGUUCUGUACAGUGUACUCAAGGAGCACAGAAGUCUGAAUAGGGCACUGACCUUGAAAAGGGUACCCAAAGAUCAAGACAGACUGUUGCAUUUGAACGAAGGUCCCUUACAGACACUUUCCUACCGGGGAAGGACGCUGAUGGAGUUGACGCCGCCAACGUCCCCGUCUACCAUUGCGUCUGAUACAUUCUCUCAUGGGACCCAGAGCAGAGCUUCGUCGGUCUCCUCAACGUCAAAUAGUUCAACAAGCUCUGUCAACUACCGCAUACCAGUCCUAAAAGUUCAAGUAGUGAACCUAAAUACAAGUCAGUCGCGAUUAUCUUAUUCUUUGAACCUAGUCAAUGCAGAGGGCCAAAAGUUUAGACGCGACAGAUACUAUCAAGAGUUUUAUAGCAUCCACACACACCUACUAACAGUGUGUGAUAAACCGGGUGUCAAGUUGCCCCUGCUGCCCCUGCCGUGCGUGGCCAACGAGUGCUCAAACAACGAGACCAGAGUCAACGAAUUAACCAGUUACGUCUCGGAGCUUAUCGAGACUGUUAGAAAUUCAGGGAGUCAGCAGAUGGUGGAUACUUUACAGCAAUGGCUGGUGUUGGGUGAUGAGACGCGAAUGAUCAAAAUAAAGGUCUUGAUCAACGGCGAUUAUCGUGUUUUCAAAUGCGAGAGCACCGCUAUCGAAACGCUUGAAAAACUGCGGAAAGUGGUAAACUAUAAUCUGCACCUCCACAUAGAUUACAACCUCGUCACCAAAAUUGACGGUUGGUACAUUGUUAGUUUAAGCAAUGAGGAUGUAUACGCCGAGGCGUUCACGAAAGUAAAGGAGUCACAGAGGCUGAUACUGGAGGUGAAAGUAUGA